UGAGGUGCAGCAGUUAUAUUAUUUCUCUUUGUUAUUUAUUUUAGUUACCUGUAUCAUUUUCAUCAAGAUUUUCAUUAGUAUCUACAUCAUUUUCAGGUCAGCAAUAAGUUGAAAUAAUGUGCCCUGAUAGCGAACUGAAGACUAUUGCCAAUUUUGUGUUGUACGUGCCAAUUUAAAUUCAGCCAUGCCAAUGCUGAAUGCGGUUGUGGGUUUCACCGUUCCGUCGUUUCCAUCCUUAGGGGGUCGAAUCCUUCUCAACCAACGCCUCUACUCUCCGAUCCGGGCUGGACGGGUAGUGGACGAAGAGUCAUCUGCGCUGCACGAUGGGUCUGCCGUCGUACCUGUGCGCGGCAGGCGCGGUAGCCGUGGGCCUGUACCUGGUGCGACGGUGGCGGGUGCGACAGUGGGGCCGGUGCACCAGCCAGCGCGACAUGACCGGCAAGGUGGUGCUGGUGACUGGCGCCAACAGCGGGCUCGGCCUCGAGAGCACGCGCCUGCUGGCUGAGCGCGGUGCCGCAGUCGUCAUGGCAUGCCGCGACAUGAAAAAGGCAGAGGAGGCGCUGCAGAAAAUUCGGAGGCACACGCAGAACGGACAGCUGAUUCCGAUGGAGCUGGACCUCGCCGACUUCGAUUCUAUCAAAUCGUUCGCUCGUCACUUCAAGGAGCAGUUCAGCCGUCUGGAUGUGCUGAUGAAUAACGCCGGCGUCGUCUAUCCGGUGGAGGCGCACAAGCGCACCGCCCAAAACUACGAGAUCCACUUCGGUGUCAACCACCUGGGCCACUUUAUGUUGACGGGCUUGCUGUUGGAUCGACUCCAGACGGGUACGUCCUCGCGCAUCGUCAUAGUCGCCUCAGGUCUGUACAAGAACGGCCGCUUCGACCUGGCGCACAUCGCCAACGGCGACAACCUCAAACAGGAGGGCUACCUAAACCCGGCCUACGCCAACUCUAAGCUGUGCAACGUGCUGUUCGGCCGCCGGCUGGCGCGGCUGCUCGAGGGGAGCGGCGUGCACGUGUACUCGUGCUGUCCCGGGUGGGUGUACACCGGCCUGUCUCGACACUCGCGACUCUCCUGGCUGAAAAUGAUCCCCGCCCUGCCAAUAAUGUUCCUGUUCAUGCGCACCGUAGGCCAGGGCGUGCAGACGCAGCUCAACUGCGCCAUUUCCGAGGAUCUGGAAAAGGAGUCGGGUCACAUGUACGUCGACUGCAAGCGUGCCCAGUACGCCCCUGUGGCUCAGGACGAGCGCGCCAUGGAUAGUCUGUGGGACCUCAGUGCUCAGCUGACCGGAGUGCGGUUUCACACCACGGAGCUAGAAAGGGCACAGAGUGAAGAUUAGAGACAGGGGUUAGGCCUGAAACAAAGGUUAACACCGACUGAGCCGGUGCCAGGGGCGAAACGACCACCCGCUGAGUGCAGUAUUGUGACAGAGAUAAAAUGACUAAGCGGUCACAGUAAAUAAGAGUGGUUAGGUGGAGUCAUGCUAUGGACUUUGAGAACUUCGUGAUAAAGCCGGGCUUCCGCUAAGCCGGACUGACGAGGCGUUGCUGUUAAUCGCGGAAAAAAUACCGACGGGCGGUUGGUAUACAACUGUACAGUGUACAGAUAGUAGGUACUGAGGAGUAAUUAUUUUUUCUAAAUAUUAAGACCUCUGGAGUAACACCCAAGGUGUUGCAUUCGGCGGUAAGGCUGUUUAAUCUUUAGGUGAAAUGAGGAUGUGACAAUAGCAUGGCUGAAACGCGUUAGUAUCCCUUGUGUAAUCCUGUAGCAUGCAUUCAUGGAGAGAACAGCCUUCAAAUGGAAAUGCUGCGGUAAAAAAGGAUAAAAUAAUCGAAAUUCCUGGAUUGGCGAUUUCUUUCAGGCACUACAGUGAGUAAGAUUUUCCGCCCAUUUUCGAGCUUCAUGACAAUUUUCGUUGGUAAGGCUAGCACCGCGGGAUUCGCUUCGAUAUUUUUUAUUUACCCAUAGCGGGAUGAACUAGCUGAAAUAUGUGUAGAUUUACACUAAAGAUUCUCUAUCUUUGAAUGAUCUACGCUAGCCCAUGGUUAAUCCCUGGUACAGUAUUCCAGUUACUUAUAUAGAUAUUUGGAUUCCGCAAUCUGCCCUUAUGUAUAAAGUAUUUCAAACGGUUGAGAUGUCCAAUGUCCAUGCAUACACAUCGCGUCAGGCGGCCAUUAUAUCAGUCCGGCGUGGUGAGAGUCGUGUCAGUGAAAUGUUGUGGCUACAUUAUCGUUGUACUUCUGCCAUCCAUGUGAUCGAGAGUCAAGGCCGUGCUAAGCGUGUGAGACUAUCAGUCCGAACAGUGACGGUGGUGGGGAGGUGUUUGGGCUCGUCUUUUGUUUGUUGAUUGCAUUACUCAAUAGAAGCUUCGUUCUGUGUUAUCAAAUAUAGCUCGUUCUCUGAUUA